GAUUAUGCAUAUUCAAUCCAAAAUUUCAAUUAUUUGCCGCCACACCAAACGCAAGAAGGUUUUAAUAUUUCGAAUUUUGAGUUAGAGAUGUUCGUGGAUAUCAAUGAUAAAGAGGUGCACAUGAAUGGGUCAAAACAUUUCAAUCAUGCUCAAGGGCAUAAACCAUUAUUUUUAUGGACAAGAGAAAUUUGUCGACAUUUUAUUUUGGCGAUCUGUGAUGAAAAAUAUAAUACUAUCAAACG